CUACCCACUGUCGUAGAUUUUCAAUUUGUUAUCCACCGGCGCGGUGUACUGAUCUACACCAAUCUUUUUUCUCUAGGUUUUGUUCACUGCGACUGGCGGUAGCAUUGCAAUACCACGUAGUUGUGGUUGUACUUGUUUCGGCGACCGCUGUUGAACAAUACAGCAUCCUAUUACAUUUCCCAACGAGCACUUCUGUCUGAUACUAGAACCACGGCGACACAAUCUACCAUAAUGGCAGUACAACAUAAAAAUUCUUCGACAGGAGCUGCCGCGAAGCUUCUUCGCAGUAGAACAAACGGGCUGCUCUUCUUCAGCUCCUUGUGCGUGGUCACAAUGCAGUUACUAUGGCCGGUACUGUAUCAAAUGUAAAAAUGUCUGGGUCUGGAAGAAUGCAACUUGUGAUGCUGUAUUUGGAUUCCAAAAAAAUCUGUAUUGCAUGAGUAGCAAACAGAAUGCAAUUUUUGCUACGCUGAGAAGGCAUUUGUCAUGCGGAAUAGGCAUCAAGAAGCCCUCAAAAAAUCUGUAUUGCUAGUGUAUGCAUCACAGACAUCAUGGCUCAUGCCAAACGUGCAUGACAAGUGUCAGAAUCUUCCAGACCCAGACAUUUUUACAUUUGAUAUACUGGCCCGCGCGGCCAGUGGUGGGGGAAGUAACACCGCAAGCAGUAGUUCCUCCUCGUCCGCCGGGAGCACAGCUACAUAUCAAAUGCAAAUAUGUCUGGGUCCUCUGGAAGAUUGGCAUGUUUGUCAUGCAUAUUUUGUAUGAUGGAUGAUGCCUGUAAUGCAUGAUCUAGCAACACAGAUUUUUAGAAGGCUUCCGAAUGCCUAUUCCGCAUGAGAAAUUGCCUCUCCGCCUAACUACACAAACUGGACUGCUGUUGCUGGUCGCGCAAUACAGGUGUUUUUGGAAUUUUGGAAUCCAAUGACAGCAUCACAACUUGCAACCUGCCAGACCCAAAAAUGUUUGCAAUGCAUAGCACAGGUGAUGCUGCCGCUCCACCUCCCGCUCCACCAUCUCCUGCGGGCGGUAGAUUUUCCACCGCUACACUGAACCAAGCACUGUCAGAAAUUGAAACUGAAACGGAUCAUGUUGAGAACAACGGAGUUCGUGGAGUAGAGAUGCGUACUAGCGAAGCAGCCCCGUCGACGAAGACCCAUGAAAAUGUUGAAGAUCCAGAAGUUAUUUCUUCAUCCGUCGUCGUGGCAACCGAAACUGCGCGUGAUGCAAGAGGAUCAACGGACGAAUUUAGUAGUACCCUGGUGGCUCCUUCCCCGGCGCCGGACUACACGGCCGGCUUUCGUACACGUUCACACGCUAUCAAAUGCAAAAGUGUCUGGGUCUGGAAACUUGUGAUGCAAGGAAGGGAAUAGUGAUAACACUGUAAUGCGCUGCCCAGCAUGACAAGUUUUGCCGUGGUUCUGAGUUGCGUUUCGCAUGAGAAACAGGGUUUUUGCAUGACAGGCAAGAGCAGCUCUUCGCGGCCGCGCAAUACAGAGUUCGGAGUCAUGCCAGACUAGCAUGACAAAGCUCGGAAUCUUCCAGACCCAGACAUUUUUGCAGUUGAUACUCACGGGAUUUUUGGCCCCUCGGUGGCAGAGCGUCCGCGUCGUAGAAGAGCCUCCGAAAAAAACCAGCUUUCUUCAAAACAUGGAAUGGAUUAAGAAAUAUGGGGGCUUUGAAAAACUCCAAGCCAUCGGUCGUGACCUAGAAGGCGCAGCAGCAGAAGUACGACACCAAGCGCCCCCCGCCGGUCAUCCUUCAUCUUCCAGUAACUUUUCUGGGACGCCAGCACACGACGAGGAGCACGAUGGAGCGGAAGAGCUUGCACUAUCCUGAGGAAAAACGAGGCCCACACGACCCCAGUGUCUCAAGAUGGGAAUUUUGCAUAGACAGUUCCUGAAAUUUUGUGAGUCACGGAUGAUAGGUUUGGCUCUGUACGUAGUGUAGCCGUGCCCAGCUAGUAGUUGUCCAGACGCAUUAUAAUUACAGAUCCAAUCUGUUCAUGCUAAUUAGCGCAUGACAGAUUCCCAAAACUCAUGAAAAAUAAGCGCCCCUCAUGGAGAAUAUCCGCAUGAGAAACAACAUCGUCCUUAGCAUGCAGAACCCUUGUAAGUACUAACACUGCGGUCGUGGGGACAUCAUUCUUCCACAGGAUAAAAGCUAAGAAAUAACGACGAUCCUGGCAUGACUCCCGCUGGGACGUCGAGUGGCCUCAUGUUCAUGGCACAACAACUUCCGCUGGUAGCCUCGGGGCCGUUCCGCACUUCCUGCAUUGGUUUUCCCUUGAUGCGGCUGCAGGCAGCAGAAUUAUCGGUAGUAGAGCCCCCGGAUCGACGCCCGAUUCCUUUUCUCGACAACAUGCGUUUCUUUAACCAGUAUUGCUAUUGGUUGAAAAAAUUUCAAGCCACUGCUCGUCGCCCACAAUUAGAAGACGCCACCGAGGGCCACGCCGCUUCAGCUUUCGGCGGAACGUCGAGGGAAGAUGAUCGCGGAACAAACAGGCCUCCACGUGCUCCCCAAGUACAACUAGUCCCUGCUUUUAGAGGAGGAGCUGCACCACCGCAAAUUCUUUCGCUUUUCCCAGCUAGGACAGCAGAAGGUCCCGCUCUGAAGAUCGUUACCGUGGGCGGCAACGUUAUCACAAGAAUCCCGUAUUACGAAUGGAAAAAUACCAAAGCUCGCCACGUGCUCGACAGGCUCUCCGGUGCGGACUCGUAUCCAGCGCCACAUGAUAUGCUCGCCAGCCCUGGGACCGGCCCGCAGCUUUUUACAGCUCAUGGUCCUACUCCGGUCGUGCGUAUCGGUACUGCUGCAAAUCGCGACGAAAAGUUGGCAACGUUACUUGAGAAAGAGCUGCAGCAGCUGGUGCAAUAUCAUCAGCAAAGCGCUUCUUCGUCUGCUGACACGACGACACUUCCGCCCCGAGCAAGGACCACCAUCGACCUCGUCUUUGUCGCGGGCGGGCGAAAGAUGCCCUUUGCCUCGCUUCUGAACGUCCUUAUGGCGUUCUCAACUGUUACAUUCUCAGCUGUUACAUGAUUUGUCAUGCAAAUUUGCCACCAAGAUCGCCACGAUUUAGCUGCUUCGCAUGACAAAUAUCCGAAGGGCUAAACAGCAUCUAACUCCGUGCCAAAUUUGUAAUGCAAAAGGCGCAAUCUUCCCCCUUUCACUUUCGCCGUUCUUGCAUUACAAAUUCAUGUAACAGUUGAGAAUGUAACAUUUGAGAACGCCAUAAUCCUUCGACCGAAGAUAUACGGUGGCCCCUACCUGGAGGAGCGCAAGUCCGCGAAUAUUGUCCACCUACCGUCCUUGGCGCAAAGCGAAAUGGAAAAACUUUUCCAGCACCUGCGAAAAACUAUUGCCUCGGACGAAGGGUUCGUGCCCGGGAAACUAGAGCACGACGUGCUGGCCUUUACGCACGCACUUGCGUCAUCAGAGCGCGCAUUUUUAAGGGGACCACAGCCAGAAGGUACUUCUUUGGAAGGCGAUUAUCCACUGCUUUUGGAGCACUUCACGCACAGGUUACGCUGUCUUAACCAUGACGCCGACGGAGCGGUUGUUGAGUCACCUUGGGUGCAACUAGCUACCCCUGACAUGUCCCGCUGGCUGCUGACAGAGGUGGAAAAGGCUUUCGCCUUGGCCCGGCAUCAAACGCCGAGAAGAAUUCAACAAGAGUACAAUACCUUUCUCAAAUACGGCAUACCCAACGCCAGCGUCUUAUUUUGGCAUUGGUGGACAGGGCGACUUUCCGCACGGAUGGGGCCCUCUGUCACUCUGCUCGCUCGUGGUAUUCUGAUAGACCUAAGCGACGCCACUUCAGUGCCAUUCCUUCCGGACGACGCACGCGAGACGCUCCGCACUGGGGGUGUAGUGGAAAUGGAGUUGAUCUACGUGGCCGACGGGGAACGCGGCGAAGGGGAACCUGUCCGAGAAAUCAAAUACAGGUUUAGCAUAAAAAAAGACGUCACAUCUUCACCCGAUCCGCUGGCGCAGCCGCAACACGUAUCAAAUGCAAAAAUGUCUGGGUCUGGAAGAAUGCAUAUUUGUCAUGCUUCUCGGGUGUGACUCUUACAUCUGUCAUGCACGUUACCCACGAGCCCCCUUUUUCUGGCAUGCAGAAACGCAGUUUGUCAUGCAGAGUAGGCAACACCUAGAAGCUCAAAAACUUGUCAUGCCGGGCCAGCACUUGUGGCCUUCUCAUGAUACGCCGCCCAGCAUCACAAAUUUCCAGACCCAGACAUAUUUGCAUUUGAUAACACGGCUCUUUCCAAAUCGAUUUUGAUGUUUUCCCAUUUCUCUGUGCAGCAGUUCCUGAGCAGCCUUAA